UCGUCAUCAUCAUCUGAUGAACAUGAUGAAAUGUAUGCACUACUAUUGGAACGAAACUGUUUGCCGCGAGUUAAAAAUUUUGUUGAAAAUGUUAUUCAUCAAUAUUCCGAAACUGAUUUUAAGAAAAAUUUGCGACUUAGCCGAGAAAGCGCACAGUACCUAAUGGAAAGGUAUUCUACCUGGUAUUUGGUAAGGACAUAUCAAGGUGGAAGAAAGCAAACAAGUGUAGAAACACAAAUUCUUUCAUUUUUGUGGUUUAGUGGCAACAAAACUACCUUUAGGGAAGUGGCGAAUGUAUUUGACAUGUCAUUGUCAAAUCUUCACAGUUCUUUCCAAAAGGUUUUAAAAUUCUUAUUGGAUGAAGUAGCCCCUGAAGCUAUAAAAUUUCCACAAACUAACUUGGAAAAAGAAGUUAUUGCCAAUGAAUUUAAAAAGAUAUCUGGUUUUCCGAAUAUUUUAGGGUGUAUUGAUGGAAGCUACAUUUCUGUAAGAACUCCGAAACAUAAAAUUCGUUCCACAUACGCAAAUAGACAUGAUACAGUAUCAAUAACUCUGCAGGGCAUCUGUGAUUCGAAACUUCGGUUUCUAGACGUAUAUACUGGGGUUCCCAAUAAAAUACACGACUCUAGAAUACUGAAACUUUCUUUUAUAGGUAAAGAAUUGCCAAAUUUAUGUGCACCAAAGUACCAUUUAUUGGGUGAUUCAGCUUACUCGCUAAGAGAAUAUCUUUUAACACCGUUCCGUGAUUACGGCAACUUAAGUGAUUCGGAAAAAAACUAUAAUUUAAAAUUUUGUCGGGUACGUGUUAAAAUUGAAAAUGCCUUCGGAGUCCUUAAAAGUCGGUUUCGACAAUUGUUGCGGCUUGAUUUCCAUAAUGUUGAAACCAUGGCACAAUUUGUAAUUGCAACUUGCGUUCUCCAUAACAUUUGCAUUGAUAAAAACGAUUUUUUGUAUGAAGAAAUAACUAGCGAUGAAAUACAUAUUAAUUCCGAGCAUUACGAUGAUGACAGACGUGAUAAUUUGUUAACACAGUUAGGACAAAUAAAAAGAAAUGAAAUAAAAGAUCUUUUAUAUAAUUCAACAACAUAA